AUAUUUUACUGCUGAUUUUAAAGAUGUUCUUUGAUCGUAAUCUUGACCAACAGUUUUGGAUUUUUUUUGGAAUAUAGGAGCUACACUUGUAUAUACCGCUUGUUUACAUUGAAAAUAGCUGCCCGUGAGCGUACCAAAGAUGGCCACCGAGUGGACUGAAUUGCCUUGAAAGUAACUUUGUCCGCAGUCGAUGAUCAAUGAUUUAGGAAGUGACGUAUUUGUUCCUCAAACGUUUCCGGUUUAUCGUGCACGUUCUAAACAACGGUUGGAGACGCUUCGUUCACUAUUACUUUGCGGAAAAGUUAACGGGAAAAAUGUCAACGUUAAAACUAGGACCAUGUUGUUCUGUGGUUGGGUGCUCCUUAAGGCCUGGAACUAACCUACUUUCGGAGAUUAAAGUGUUUCGAUUUCCGAAAAACAAAGCACAACGGGAUGCCUGGAUUGCUGCAGUGAAGCGACGCGGUUGGACACCGACUAGUAACUCGAGGAUAUGUAGCACACAUUUUAUCUCUGGCAAGCCAUCAGAUGACCCUCUAAGUCCAGACUACGCUCCAUCAAAAUUUCCUCACAAACCUGACCCCUCCAGAAGAAUGUUAAGAUAUCAGAGGUCUGUGAGAAGAUCAUCAGCAUUUCAUUCUUCAAAGGAAGAAUCAAAAGACAUGGUCAGAGUUAAAGAAGAGAAGCCCUACGCAGAUGAGUGUCUCUCUAUGAGGGGUGAUGAAGACCUGCAGAAUCCUAACACAAGUUUAAAAGAGCAAGCGAGAAGCCAAGUGUCAAAGGUGGAAAUGCGCACCUGUGAGAGAAUCAUGCCAGCAAGGUACUUUGAAAUUGACGUUGUAAUUAAGUAGCUGAAAUCUGAUGUGGAUUUAAAGGAUGAUCAGAUCAUUCGCUUGUACACUGAAGGAUAAGGAUUCAUGUAGAAUUCAAAAUGACGACAUUUUAUGACAAACACUUCAACUUGAAGCGAAGAUCCAAAGACACAAUGGAACUGUUGAUCAAAUACUACUUGUGUGUUCUGCAUUAUUGAAUUUGGAAGAGUCGUUUAGUUCAAUAGGAAAAUAUAUAAGCGACAAACAAGCUGUUACAAACGAUUUCAUUGUCGAUUGAUUGAUUGUGUAGAGUAUUCACUCUGGUGGCAGAUUUAGCACUUGAACAAUGUUCCCUUCUCAUCCUAGGCUUCUUUUAAUUAUUAUUUUUCUCUUGGUUUUCAUUUUAAAAUGUGUAUGAUUCUAAUUAAGUUGCCUUACAUAUCAUAAACUUUCCUAUGAUAUUUAUGUUUUCUA